AUGACUAUUGCCUUGCUGGGUCUGGUCAUUUUCUUGCUCCAUUGUGCAACCUGUGAGAAGCCCCUAGAAGGAAUCCUUUCGUCCUCAGCUUGGCACUUCACACACCCCCUCUACAAUGCCACCAUCUAUGAGAACUCUGCCCCCAAGACCUACGUGGAGAGCUCCGUGAAAAUGGGCAUCUAUCUCACGGAUCCCCAGUGGACAGUGAGGUACCGGAUCAUCUCCGGGGAUGUGGCCAAUGUAUUUAAAACAGAGGAGUAUGUGGUAGGCAACUUUUGCUUUCUGAGAAUAAGGACAAAGAGCAGCAACACGGCCCUCCUGAACAGGGAGGUGCAAGACAGCUAUACACUCAUCAUCCAAGCCACAGAGAAGACCUUGGAGUUGGAAGCGUUGGCCCGCGUGGUGAUCCACAUCCUGGACCAGAAUGACCUGAAGCCUCUCUUCUCCCCACCUUCGUACCGAGUCACCAUCUCCGGGGAUGUGCCCCUCAGGAGCCCCAUCUGCAAGGUGACCGCCACGGACGCUGAUCUGGGGCAGAACGCUGAGUUCUACUAUGCCUUUAACACGAGGUCAGAGAUGUUUGCCAUCCAUCCCACCAGUGGCGUGGUCACCGUGGCAGGGAAGCUCAACGUCACCUGGAGAGGGAAGUACGAGCUGCAGGUGCUGGCCGUGGACCGCAUGCGCAAGAUCGCAGAGGGCAAUGGGUUUGGCAACUUGGCUGCCCUUGUCAUCCACGUGGAGCCCGCCCUCAGGAAGCCCCCCGCCAUUGCCUCGGUGGUGGUGAGUCCACCAGAUGGCAGUGAGGGCACCACCUAUGCCACCGUAGUGGUCGAUACAAAUGGCUCCAGAGCCACUGUGGACUCAGUGGAAGUUGUUGGCGGUGACCCUGGAAAGCACUUCAAAGCCAUCCAGUCUUAUGCCCGGAGUAACGAGUUCAGUUUAGUGUCCAUCAAAGACAUCAACUGGGUGGAGCACCUGCACGGCUUCAACCUGAGCCUCCAGGUCAGGAGCAGGAGUGGACCUCCUUUUCAUUCCCAGAUCCGGGGCUUUCACCUACCUGCUUCUGCGCUGGCUUCUCUUAGAUUCGAGAAGGCCGUUUACAGGGUGCAGCUCAGUGAGUUUUCCCCUCCUGGCAGCCGCGUGGUGAGGGUGAAGGUAACCCCGGCCUUCCCCAACCUGCAGUAUACUCUGAAGCCAUCCUCGGGGAGUGCGGGGUUCACACUGAAUGCUCGCACUGGGCUGAUCACCACCACGAGGUUCCUGGACUUCCGUGACGGAGCUCACUACCAGCUGCAUGUCAGAACCGCCCCGGGCCUGGCCUCCACCACGGUGGUAAUUGACAUUGUGGACUGUAACAACCACACUCCCGUCUUCAACAGGUCUUCCUACGAGGGCACCUUGGAUGAAAACGUCCCUCCAGGCACCAGCGUUCUGGCUGUCACUGCCACAGACGGGGAUCACGGGGAGAAUGGGUUCGUCACUUACUCCAUCGCUGGUCCCAAAGGUGUGCCGUUCUCUAUCGACCCUUACCUGGGGAUCAUCUCCACCUCCAAACCCAUGGACUAUGAGCUCAUGAGGAGAAUUUAUACCUUCCGGGUCCGGGCAUCGGACUGGGGCUCCCCGUUUCGCCGGGAGAAGGAAGUGUCUGUUUCUCUCAGGCUCCAGAACCUGAAUGACAACCAGCCCAUGUUUGAGGACGUCAACUGCACGGGGUCUAUCCGCCAAGACUGGCCGGUGGGGAAGUCAGUGAUGACCAUGUCGGCCAUCGAUGUGGAUGAGCUUCAGAACCUGAAGUACGAGAUCGUGUCAGGCAACGAACUGGACUAUUUUGACAUAAAUUAUUUCUCCGGAGUGGUCUCCCUCAAGCGUUCUCUGACAGAUCUUACUGUGGGUCAACCCACCAGCUAUUCACUGAAAAUUACAGCUUCCGAUGGCAAAAACUAUGCAUCGCCGACCACACUGAACCUUACUGUGGUGAAGGAUCCUCGUUUUGAGGUCCCUGUAACAUGUGAUAAAACAGGGGUGCUGACACAUUUCACAAAGACCAUCCUCCACUCGGUGGGACUUCAGAACCAGGAGUCCAGUGAGGAUGAGUUCAUGUCCUUCAGCAUGUACCAGCUCAAUCGGCAUCCCCCCCAGUUUGAGGACCACUUCCCCCAGUCCAUCGACAUCCUUGAGAGUGUACCCAUCAACACCCCCUUGGCCCGCCUGGUGGCCACUGACCCUGACACUGGCUUCAGUGGCAAACUGGUCUAUGUGAUUGCAGAUGGCAAUGAGGAGGGUUGCUUUGACAUUGAGCUGGAGACAGGGCUGUUCUCUGUAGUUGCUCCCCUGGACUAUGAAACCACCAGUUUCUACAUCCUCAAUAUAACGGUGUAUGACCUAGGCACUCCCCAGAAGUCCUCCUGGAAGCUGUUGCCAGUGAACGUGAAAGAUUGGAAUGACAAUGCACCCAGAUUCCCUCCUGGGGGUUACCAGCUAACCAUCUCAGAGGACACAGAAGUUGGAACCACAAUCACAGAGCUGCAAACAAAAGAUGCUGACUCUGAGGACAAUGGGAGGGUUCGCUACUCCCUGCUAAGCCCGACAGAGAAGUUCUCCCUCCACCCCCUUACCGGGGAACUGGUUGUCACGGGGCCUCUCGACCGGGAAUCAGAACCUCAGCACAUCCUCAAAGUGGAGGCCAGGGAUCAGCCUAGAAAGGGCCACCAGCUCUUCUCCGUCACUGACCUGAUAGUCACCUUAGAGGAUGCCAACGACAACUCUCCCCAGUGCAUCACAGAACUCAACAGCCUGAAGGUCCCAGAGGACCUGCCCCCAGGGACCGUCCUGACGUUUCUGGAUGCCUCUGAUCCUGAUCUGGGCCCUGCGGGGGAAUUGCGGUAUGUUCUGUUGGAUGACGCCCACGGGACCUUCCGGGUGGACCUGAUGACCGGGGCACUCAGCCUGGAGAGGGAGCUGGACUUCGAGAGACGGGCUGGGUACAAUCUGAGCCUGUGGGUCAGUGACAGUGGGAGGCCUGUGGCCCGCCGGACCCUGUGCCACGUGGAGGUGAUGGUCCUGGAUGUGAAUGAGAACCUCCACCCUCCCCGCUUUGCCUCCUUCGUGCACCAGGGCCAGGUGCAGGAGAACAGCCCCUCAGGAGCUCAGGUGAUGCUGGUGGCUGCCCACGACGACGACAGUGGCUUGGACGGGGAGCUCCAGUACUUCCUGCGGGCUGGCACUGGCCUCGCAGCCUUCAGCAUCAACCAAGACACAGGAAUGAUUCAGACUCUGGCGCCCCUGGACCGAGAGUUUGUUCCCUUCUACUGGUUGACGGUACUGGCCGUGGAUAGGGGUUCCGUGCCCCUCUCGUCUGUCACUGAAGUCUACAUAGAGGUCACGGAUGUCAAUGACAACCCACCCCGCAUGCAUAGACCUGUGUUCUACACCUCCAUCCAGGAGGGAGUGCCAGUAGGCACCUCCGUGCUUCAGCUAGAAGCUUGGGACCCAGACUCCAGCUCCAAAGGGAAGCUGACCUUCAACAUCACCAGUGGGGACCACGUGGGAUUCUUUGCUAUUCACCCAUUUACAGGUCUCCUCACCACCGCCAGGCAGCUAGAUCGAGAGAACAAGGAAGAACACAUUCUGGAGGUGACUGUGCUGGACCACGGGGAGCCUGCCCUGAAGUCCACAUCCAGGGUGGUGGUGCGUGUCCUGGACAUCAAUGACAACCCACCUGUGUUCUCCCAUAAGCUCUUCAAUGUCCGCCUUCCAGAGAGGCUGAGCCCCACGUCCCCUGGGCCUGUGUACAGGCUGGUGGCCUCAGACCUGGAUGACGGGCUCAAUGGCAGGAUCACCUACAGUGUUGAGGACAGUGACGAGGAGGGCUUCCACAUCGACCCUGUCACGGGCGUGGUGUCAUCCAGCAGGACCUUCGCAGCUGGAGAAUACAACAUCCUCACGGUCAAGGCGACAGACGGCGGGCAGCCACCGCUCUCAGCCAGCGUCCGGCUCCACAUAGAGUGGAUCCCCCCGCCUCGCCCAUCUUCCAUACCACUGGCCUUUGACGAGACUCACUACAGCUUUACAGUCAUGGAGACAGACCCUGUGAACCACAUGGUGGGGGUCAUCAGUGUGGAGGGCAGACCUGGCCUCUUCUGGUUCAACAUCUCAGGUGGGGAUAAAGACAUGGACUUUGACAUUGAGAAGACCACGGGCAGCAUUGUCAUUGCCAGGCCUCUUGAUACGAGGAGGAGGUCAAACUAUAACUUGACCGUGGAGGUGACGGAUGGCUCCCACACCAUUACUACCCAGGUUGACAUCUUCAUGAUUGCCAAUGUUAACCAUCAUCGACCUCAGUUUCUAGAAUCUCACUAUGAGGUCAAGGUUCCCCAGGACACGCUGCCAGGGGUGGAGCUCCUUCGCAUCCAGGCCACUGAUCAAGACAAGGGCAAGGGCCUCAUCUAUACAAUACAUAGCAGCCAAGACCCAGAAAGUGCCAGCCUCUUCCAGCUGGAUCCAAGCAGUGGUGUUUUGGUUACUGUGGGGAAGCUAGACCUGAGCUCAGGGCCCUCUGAGCACACACUGACAGUCAUGGUCCGAGACCAGGAGAUGCCCAUCAAGAGGAACUUUGUGUGGGUGACCAUUCACGUGGAAGAUGGAAAUCUUCACCCACCUCACUUCACCCGGCACCAUUAUGAGGCAAGUGUUCCAGACACCAUAGCCCCCGGCACAGAGCUGCUACAGGUCCGAGCCACGGAUGCUGACCGGGGAGCCAAUGCUGAGGUCCAUUACUCUCUGCUGAAAGGGAACAGUGUGGAUUUCUUCAGUAUCGAUGCCCUAUUAGGCAUCAUCACCGUAGCCCAAAAACUUGACCAGACAAAUCGUGUCCGGCAUACACUGACAGUGAAGGCAGAAGAUCAAGGCUCCCCACAGCGGCACGACCUGGCGACGGUGAUCAUUCUCGUGUACCCAUCGGACAACAGUGCCCCCAUCUUUUCCAAAGCAGAAUACUUCGUAGAGAUCCCAGAAUCAAUCCCUGUUGGCUCUGCAAUCCUCCUUGUCUCUGCUACAAGCUCAUCUGAAGUCACUUAUGAGUUAAGAGAGGGAAACAAAGACGGUGUGUUCUCUAUGAACUCAUAUUCUGGGCUCAUUUCCACAAAGAAGAACUUGGACCACGAGAAAAUCUCGUCCUACCAGCUGAAAAUCCGAGGCAGCAACAUGGCAGGUGCAUUUACAGAUGUCUCGGUGCUUGUUUACGUAAUUGAUGAAAAUGAUAAUGCCCCCAUGUUCUCAAAGUCAACUUUUGUGGGCCAAAUUAGUGAAGCAGCUCCAUUAUACAGCAUGAUCAUGGAUGAAGAUAACAAUCCCUUUGUGAUUCAUGCCUCUGACAAUGACAAGGAAGGUAACUCCUUGUUGGUCUAUAAAAUUCUGGAGCCAGAGGCCUUGAAGUUUUUCAAAAUUGAUCCCAGCAUGGGCACCCUGACCACUGUAUCAGAGAUGGAUUACGAGAGCAUGCCUUCUUUCCAAUUCAGUGUCUAUGUCCAUGACCAAGGGAGCCCCAUCUUAUUUGCGCCCAAGCCUGCAAAGGUCAUCAUCAAUGUCAGAGAUGUGAAUGACUCUCCUCCCAGGUUCUCAGAACAGAUAUAUGAAGUAGCCGUGGUGGGGCCCAUCCAUCCAGGUAUGGAGCUCCUGACGGUGCAGGCCAGGGACGAGGAUUCAGAAGUCAGUUAUAGCAUCAAAACUGGCAAUGCUGAUGGAGCUGUUGCUAUCCAUCCCAUCACUGGUCGCAUAUCUGUGUUGAAUCCUGCCUUCCUGGGACUCUCUCGGAAGCUCACCAUUAGGGCUUCUGAUGGUCUAUAUCAAGACACUUCCAUGGUAAAAAUUUAUUUGACCCAAGUCAUUGACACAAGCUUACGGUUUGACCAGGAUGUUUACAAAACAACAGUGAAGGAGAAUUUGCAAGACAGAAAGGCACUGGUAAUGCUUGGUGUCCAGGGUAAUCAUUUGAACGACACCCUUUCCUACUUCCUCUUGAAUGGCACAGAUAUGUUUCGUAUGGUCAAGUCAGCAGGUGUAUUGCAGACAAAAGGAGUGGCAUUUGACCGAGAACAGCAGGACACUCACGAAGUGGCAGUCGAGGUGAGGGACAACAGGACCCCUCAGCGGUUGGCUCAGGCUUUGGUCAGAAUCUAUGUUGAGGACAUCAAUGACAAUCCCCCCAAGUUUAAGCAUCUGCCUUAUUACACAAUCAUCCAAGAUGGCACGGAGCCAGGGGAUGUCCUCUUUCAGGUCUCUGCCACUGAUGAGGACUUGGGGGCAAAUGGGAUAGUCACAUAUGCAUUUGCAGAAGAUUACGCAUACUUCCGAAUGGAUCCCUAUCUUGGGGACAUAUCACUCAAGAAACCUUUUGAUUAUCAAGCUUUAAAUAAGUAUCACCUCAAAGUUAUUGCUCGGGAUGGAGGGACUCCAUCUCUCCAGACUCAGGAAGAGGUACUUGUUACUGUGAGAAAUAAAUCCAACCCACUCUUUCAGAGUCCUUACUACAAAGUCAGAGUACCUGAAAAUAUCACACUCUAUACUCCAAUUCUCCACACCCAGGCCCGGAGCCCAGAGGGACUCCGGCUCAUCUACAACAUUGUAGAGGAGGAGCCCCUGAUGCUGUUCACCACUGACUUUAAAACUGGUGUCCUAACGGUGACAGGGCCUUUGGACUAUGAGUCUAAGACCAAACAUGUGUUCACAGUCAGAGCCACAGACACAGCUCUGGGGUCAUUUUCUGAAGCCACAGUGGAAGUCGUGGUAGAGGACAUCAAUGAUAACCCUCCCACUUUCUCCCAGUUGGUCUACACCACUUCAGUCUCAGAAGGCUUGCCUGCUCAGACCCCCGUGAUCCAACUGUUGGCCUCUGACCAAGAUUCAGGGCAGAACCAGGACGUCUCCUAUCAGAUCGUGGAGGAUGGCUCAGAUGUUUCCAAAUUCUUCCAGAUCAAUGGGAGCACAGGGGAGAUAUCCACAGUUCAAGAGUUGGAUUAUGAAGCUCAACAACACUUUCAUGUGAAGGUCAGAGCCAUGGAUAGAGGAGAUCCCCCACUUACUGGCGAAACCCUCGUGGUUGUCAAUGUGUCUGACAUCAAUGACAACCCCCCAGAGUUCAGACAACCUCAGUAUGAAGCCAAUGUCAGUGAGCUAGCAACCUGUGGACACCUGGUUCUUAAAGUCCAAGCUCUUGACCCUGAUAGCAGGGAUACCUCCCACCUGGAAUACCUGAUUCUUUCUGGCAAUCAGGACCGGCAUUUCACCAUUAAUAGCUCAUCGGGAAUAAUCUCUAUGUUCAACCUUUGCAAAAAGCAGCUGGACUCAUCUUACAAUUUGAGGGUAGGCGCUUCUGAUGGGGUCUUCCGAGCAACUGUGCCUGUGUAUAUCAACACCACAAAUGCCAACAAGUACAGCCCAGAGUUCCAGCAACAUGUUUAUGAGGCAGAAUUAGCAGAGAAUGCAAAGGUGGGAACAAAAGUGAUUGAGUUGUUAGCUAUAGACAAAGACAGUGGUCCCUAUGGCACUGUGGAUUAUACGAUCAUCAACAAACUAGCAGGUGAGAAGUUCUCCAUUAACCCCACUGGCCAGAUUGCCACUCUGCAAAAACUGGAUAGGGAAAAUUCAACAGAAAGAGUCAUCGCUAUUAAGGUCAUGGCUCGGGAUGGAGGAGGAAGAGUGGCCUUCUGCACUGUGAAGAUCAUCCUCACAGAUGAAAAUGAUAACCCCCCACAGUUCAAAGCAUCUGGUUAUACUGUAUCCAUUCCAUCCAAUGUCAGUAAGGACUCCCCAGUCAUCCAGGUGCUGGCUUAUGAUGCAGAUGAAGGGCGGAAUGCAGAUGUCACCUAUUCAGUGGACUCGAUGGAGGACCUGGCGGAAGAGAUCAUUGAAGUCAACCCGACAACUGGUGUGGUCAGGGUGAAAGAGAGCCUGGUGGGACUGGAAAACCAGGCGUUUGACUUCAAAAUCAAAGCCCAAGAUGGGGGCCCUCCUCACUGGGACUCUCUGGUGCCGGUACGACUUCAGGUUGUUCCUAAUGAAGUAUCUUUGCCUAAAUUUUCUGAACCUCUCUAUUCUUUCUCUGCAUCUGAAGACCUUCCUGAGGGGUCUGAAGUUGGGGUUGUUAAAGCAGUGGCAGCUCAAGAUCCCAUUAUCUACAGUCUUGUGCAGGGCACCACACCAGAGAGCAACAAGGAUGGAGUCUUCUCCUUGGACCAAGACACAGGGGUCCUAAAGGUGAGGAAGGCCUUGGACCAUGAGUCCACCAAAUGGUACCAGAUUGAUCUGAUGGCACAUUGCCCACAUGAGGAUACGGACUUGGUGUCUUUGGUCUCUGUCAACAUCCAAGUGAAAGAUGUCAAUGACAACAGACCUGUAUUUGAGGCUGAUCCAUACAGAGCUUUCCUCACAGAGAACAUGCCAGGGGGGACCACAGUCAUCCAAGUGACGGCCAAUGACCAGGACACGGGGAACGACGGCCAGGUGAGCUACAGGCUGUCAUCAGAUCCUGGUAGCAAUAUCCAUGAGCUCUUUGCCAUUGACAGUGAGACUGGCUGGAUCACCACACUCCAGGAACUUGACUGUGAGACCCGCCAGAACUAUCAGUUUUACGUGGUUGCCUAUGACCAUGGGCAGACCAUCCAGCUAUCUUCUCAGGCCCUGGUAGAGGUUUCCAUUACAGAUGAGAAUGACAAUGCUCCCCAGUUUGCUUCAGAAGACUACAGAGGGUCUGUGGUUGAGAACAGUGAGCCUGGUGAACUUGUAGCCACUCUUAAGACCCUGGAUGCUGACAUCUCUGAGCAGAACAGGCAGGUUACCUGCUACAUCACAGAGGGAGACCCCCUGGGCCAGUUUGGCAUCAGCCAAGUUGGGGAUGAAUGGAGAAUUUCCUCAAAGAAGAUCCUGGACCGUGAGCACCAGGCCAAGUACUUGUUGAGAAUCACAGCGUCUGAUGGCAAGUUCCAGGCUUCCGUCCCCGUGGAGAUUUUUGUCCUUGACAUCAAUGACAACAGCCCACAGUGCUCACAGCUUCUCUACACCGGCAGAGUCCGGGAAGAUGCCUCCCCAGGGCACUUCAUUCUGAAAGUUUCUGCCACAGACUUGGACACUGACACCAAUGCUCAGAUCACGUAUUCUCUGCAUGGUCCUGGGGCAAAUGAAUUCAAGCUGGAUCCCCAUACAGGGGAGCUGACCACAUUCACAGGCCUGGACCGUGAGAGGAAGGAUAUAUACAGCCUUGUUGCCAAGGCGACAGAUGGCGGUGGCCGAUCGUGCCAGGCAGACGUGACCCUCCACGUGGAAGAUGUGAAUGACAACGCCCCACGGUUCUUUCCAAGCCAUUGCUCUGUGGCUGUCUUCGACAACACCACAGUUAAGACCCCUGUGGCUGUUGUAUUUGCCCGCGAUCCUGACCAAGGCUCCAACGCGCAGGUGGUUUACUCCCUGACGGACUCCGCCGAAGGCCACUUUUCCAUCGACGCCACCACGGGUGUGAUCCGCCUGGAGAAGCCUCUGCGGGUGAGGCCCCAGGCAGUGCUGGAGCUCACGGUCCGCGCCUCGGACCUGGGCACCCCCAUACCGCUCUCCACGCUGGGCACCGUCACGGUCUCCGUGGUGGGCCUCGAGGACUACCUGCCCGUGUUCCUGAGCCCGGAGCACGGCGUGCGGGUGCCCGAGGACGCGCCGCCGGGCACGGAGGUGCUGCACUUGGCCCCACUCACCCGCCCGGGCGCUGAGAAGAGCGGCUACCGCAUGGUCAGCGGCAACGAGCAGGGACGCUUCCGCCUGGAUGCGCGCACUGGGAUCCUGUAUGUCAACCAGAGCCUGGAUUUUGAGACAAGCCCCAAGUACUUCCUGUCCAUCGAGUGCAGCCGGAAGGGCUCUGCCUCCCUCAGUGACAUGACCACUAUCCUGGUCAACGUCACAGAUGUCAACGAGCACCGGCCCCGAUUCCGGCAGGAGCUGUACGGCACGAGGGUGCUGGAGAGUGCCGUGGUGGGGGCCGUCGUCCUCACAGUGUCAGCAACUGAUGAAGAUGGACCCCUAAACAGUGCCAUCACCUAUAGUCUCGUGGGAGGGAACCAGCUCGGGCACUUCACCAUCCAUCCCAAGAAGGGGGAGCUACAGGUGGCCAAAGUGCUGGACUGGGAACAGACCCCUAGCUACUCCCUGAGGCUCCGAGCCACAGACAGCGGGCAGCCCCCUCUGCAUGAGGACACAGACGUCGCCAUCCAAGUGGUUGAUGUCAAUGACAACCCGCCCAGGUUCUUCCAGCUCAACUACAGCACCACUGUCCAGGAGAACGCCCCCAUUGGCAGCAAAGUCUUGGAACUGAUCCUGAGUGACCCCGACUCCCCAGAGAACGGCCCCCCGUACUUGUUCCGAAUCACCAAGGGGAACACCGGCUCCGCUUUCCGAGUGACCCCAGAUGGCUGGCUGGUGACCACGGUGGGCCUGAACAGGAGGGCCCAGGAGUGGUACCAGCUUCACAUUGAGGUGUCAGACAGCGGUGUCCCUCCCCUCUCAUCUUCCACCCUGGUCAGCGUCCACGUCACAGAACAGAGCCACUACCCACCGUCCGCCCUGCCACUGGAGAUCUUCAUCACCGUCGGGGAGGAGGAGUUCCAGGGCGGCAUGGUGGGCAAAAUUCAUGCCACCGACCGAGACCCUCAGGACACGCUGACAUACAGCCUGGUGGAAGAGGAGACGCUGGGCAGCCGCUUCUCAGUGGGCGUGCCCGAUGGCAAGAUCAUUGCUGUCCAGGGACUGCCCCGGGGCCGCUACUCGUUCAACGUCACAGUCAGUGAUGGGACUUUCAGCACCACUGCCGGGGUCCACGUGCACGUGUGGCACGUGGGGCGGGAGGCUCUGCGGCAGGCCAUGUGGCUGGGCUUCCACCAGCUUACGCCAGAGGAGCUGGUGAGUGACCACUGGCGGAACCUGCAGAGGUUCCUUAGCAACAAGCUAGACAUCAGGCGAGCCAACAUCCAUUUGGCCAGCCUGCAACCUGCAGAGGCCACAGCUGGUGUGGACGUGCUCUUGGUCUUUGAGGGGCAUUCUGGAACCUUCUACAAACUCCAGGAGCUGGCAUCCAUCAUCACUCGCUCAGCAAAGGAGAUGGAGCACUCGGUGGGAAUUCAGAUGAGAUCAGCCAUGCCCGUGGUGCCCUGCCAGGGGCCAAGCUGCCAGGGUCCAGUCUGCCAAGAGACAGUGCGCCUGGACCCCAAGGUUGGACCCACAUACAGCACGGCCAGGCUCAGCAUCCUCACCCCACGGCACCACCUGGAGAGGAACUGCUCCUGCAACGGUACUGCUGUGAGUUUCCACGGGCAGAGUUAUGUGCGGUACACACCCCCGGAGGCUCAGAACUGGCGCAUCCAUUUCUAUUUGAAAACACUCCAGCCACAAGCCGUUCUCCUGUUCACUAAUGAGACAGCACCGAUUUCCCUGAAGCUGGCCGACGGAGUGCCCCAGCUGGAGCACCGCUGCCCGGGUGGUGUCCACCGAAACCUUCCCUCGCAGCACCGCGUGAACGACUAUGAGUGGCACUCUGUCCUGGUGGAGGAGACGGCCGUCUCCAUUCAGCUGCUGGUUGACGGUGUGGGCAACACCUCCCUCCUGGUCCCAGAGAACUGCCGUGGCCUGCGUCCCGAAAGACAUGUCCUGCUGGGUGGCCUCGUCCUUGCGCAUCCUUUCUCAAAUGUCUCUCAAGGCUUCGAAGGCUGCAUGGAUGCCAUUGUGGUCAACGGAGAGGAGCUGCUGAUCCCUGGCAGGAAGGCGGCGGGCUUGCUGGAGAAGCGGGCCCUCACCCACUGCUGCCUCCCCAGUGACGACUGCCACCACAGCCCCUGCCUCAAUGGGGGGAGGUGCUCACAGACCCCCGGGGCAGGAUACAGCUGCAGGUGUCCCCCCCAGUUCUCCGGGAAGCACUGUGAGCGAGGGAAGGGGAACUGCACCUCCGCACCCUGCCUGGAGGGUGGCACUUGCGUCUCCUCCCUGGAAGGAGCUUCCUGUGUCUGCCCUCACCUUUCCCCAGGAGAGCGGUGUGAAAUGGAAGCAAGAGGCUGCUCCGAAGGACACUGCCUGGUCACUCCUGAGAUCACAAGGGGAGACUGGGGACAGCAGGAGCUGAUGAUCAUCAUCGUGACCACAUUCUCCAUCAUCGUAACCACCACCGGGCUGCUCUUCUACUGCCGCCGCUGCAGGUCUCACAAGCCUGUGGCCAUGGAGGACCCAGACCUCCUGGCCAGGAGCGUCGGUGUCGACACCCAACCCAUGCCUACCCUUGAGCUCAACCCCCUGAACACCAGCUCCUGCACUAACUUGAACCAAACAGAGCCCGACAAGAGUUCAGUUCCAAGUGAACUUGUCACUUUCGGGCCCAGCUCUAAGCAGCGGCCGGUAGUGUGCAGCGUGCCUCCCAGACUGCCACCGGCCACGGUCCCUUCGCACUCUGACAACGAGCCCGUCAUCAAGAGAACCUGGUCGGGCGAGGAAAUGGUGUACCCAGGCCGAGCGGCGGUCUGGCCCCCCACCUACUCCAGGAAGGAACGCUGGGAAUACCCCCACCGUGAAGCCACGCAGGGCCCUCUGCCGCCCUCACCGCACCGCCACUCCACCCCGGCUGUGAUGGCAGAGCCUGCGGGCCUCUAUGGGGGCUUUCCCUUCCCCCUGGAGAUGGAGAACAAGAGGGCACCGCUCCCACCCCGUUAUAGCAACCAGAACCUGGAAGACCUGCUGCCCCCACGGCCCCCCAGUCCCCGGGACCGCCUGCUGGCUCCCUGUCUCAACGAGUAUACUGCCAUCAGCUACUACCACUCGCAGUUCCGGCAGGGCGGGGGAGGGCCCUGCCUGGCAGAGGGGGGCUACAAGGGGGUCAGCAUGCGCCUCAGCCGGGCCGGGCCCUCCUACGCUGACUGUGAGGUGGCAGCGGGGCCUCCUGCGGGCCGGAGCCAGCCCCGGGCCCCUCCCAACUAUGAGGGCUCUGACAUGGUGGAGAGCGACUACGGGAGCUGCGAGGAGGUCAUGUUCUAGCUUCCUGUCCUCAGAGGAAGGCAGGUGGGAGGCCAAGGACUUGACACCUUCCUCCUGCCUCCUAGGGAGCCGGCUGAAUGUGGCUGGGAAUGUGGCCUCAUCCUCAGUCCCGAGCGCCAUCCCUUGAAAUGUGCACUUCCGGUCCCCUAGCUGGCCUCUGAGCAUGGAGGGCAGCUGAGGGCAGAGCUCCAAGAACAGUGUCAGGGCCCCAGGCCAGAGGGGCUGCACAGAGCAGUUCCCUGGGAAACUGGGAUCAGCUGAUGCCCAAGAAGGACAAGAGACGGGCUGUUUCCGUGAUUCAGCAACUGCCCGUCUCCAGAAGGCAGGGCCUGAGCACGGAUCUGCUUUGCCAGGUGCACUGUUAGACCUGGGCACAGCUCCACUGCCGAGGAAGGCAGGCAGGCCGGCCCACGCCUGACAGGGGCUAUGGGGACGAGGGCCGGGAUCGUCUGACCACGGAGGGCCACGUGGUACCCUCCAGGGGCUGUGGUGAGCAAGUCCACAACCACCUGUGCGCCUCCUGUGACGAUGCACUGAGCGUUUGUCAAGUGGCUGCUCCAUGUCAGACCCUGUGCUAGAUACCAGGGACAACAAGGGACCUCCCCGCCAACCCCUGCCCUCACCCUCACCCCCACCCCCACCCAGUGUCAGGUGGGCCUCAGGCUCCCAGAGGGCCUUGCUCCGCCUUUGAAAGUCACACAACCUUGUACCAGCCAGGGGGCCUGGACUCUGCGCAGCCCUGAGCAUUCUUUGAGAGAAGAAUUAAGACCUCAUGGAACUCUGGUUCUUUAUCCCAGGUUUCCCAGGCACUUUGGCCAAAGGCAGGAAGGAAAUGAUUGUUCAUUUUAAAAAUGCUUAGGCACUUUUCAACCUUGCUGUCUGGGCAAGUCUCCCCCAAGGGGUUUUUCUUCUCUAGACACAAGGACUCGGAACUCCUCUCCAGGGCAGCGUGUGGGCCAGCAGCAUCCAGGCUGGACCCCCUGCCCUUCCCUGCCCUCUCCUGUCCCUCCAUCUCAUAUGCCUGCCAAUCAAGUGUUAUCCUGCAGUGACUCAACCCUAUGCAUGGAGGGUCAGUGUGGGCACAUGUCUACACACGUGGGUGCCCAUGUACAGUAUGUGUGUACACAUGUGUGGAGUGUAUGUAGCCAGGUGUGGUGGGCACCGGAAGCCACUGUGGCAUCUGGUAGCCGCCCCCUUCCUCCCUCCCUCCCUCCCUGCCCAUCCCUCUCUGGUCCACUGCCUUUUCAUGUGAGUUGCUUCUGGAGACAAGAGUCAAAAGGAAGAGCAAUGGUGGCACUCAGCCACAGGGUUCAGCCGUGUGGGUGAGAGCAUGUUGGUCUGUGUGUGUGUGUGUGUCUGAGUGAGAAUGAUGGGAUGCCUGGU